GAUAAUCAAGAGUUUUGGCUGGACCUUUGAGCACACACCGAGAUAGUGAGGAGCCAGACGAAAAGCACAGACUAUGGCGCUGAAACGGAUUAAUAAGGAAUUUAGUGAUUUGGCCCGUGACCUUCCAGCACAAUGUUCUGCAGGUCCAGUUGGGGAUGAUAUGUUUCAUUGGCAAGCCACAAUUAUGGGACCUAAUGACAGCCCAUAUCAAGGUGGUGUAUUCUUUUUGACAAUUCAUUUUCCUACAGACUACCCCUUCAAACCACCUAAGGUUGCAUUUACAACAAGAAUUUAUCAUCCAAAUAUUAAUAGUAAUGGCAGCAUUUGUCUCGAUAUUCUAAGAUCACAAUGGUCUCCUACUUUAACUAUUUCUAAAGUUCUUUUAUCCAUUUGUUCACUGCUAUGUGAUCCAAACCCAGAUGACCCUUUAGUGCCAGAGAUUGCACGGAUCUAUAAAACAGACAGAGAUAAGUACAACAGAAUAUCUCGGGAAUGGACUCAGAAGUAUGCCAUGUGAUGCUACCUUAAAGUCAGAAUAACCUGCAUUAUAGCUGGAAUAAACUUUAAAUUACUGUUC